CGGCCCCCACUGCUACUCUCGAAUCUCCUUUUCGACGCCAUGCCCGUGCAGAAACGGAAAUCGCAUGGAUGGAAUUUCUUCAUCUUCCUUCUGGGCACACUGCUGCCACCCCUGGCUGUGGCGGCGCGCUUCGGUUUUGGUCGUGACUUCUGGAUCAACGUACCACUUACUAUCGCAGGAUACAUUCCAGGUCACAUCCAUAAUUUCUACAUCCAAAACAUCCGAAAUAAUAAAACCCACGCACGCACUCCCAAAUGGGCCAUUCGAUACGGCCUUGUAGACACCACAAAGAUCGAGCGCAAUAUCAAGCGUUCCGAAUGGCGCCACCGCUACGAACAAGAUCCCGAGAACCGUUACGAGAACCGACCUGUCGACGAAGGUCAAAUUCCAGAUGUCCCUCGUGACCAAGACCUUGGGAACCGUACACCGGAACUGUGGAGGCCCGAAGAUGAAGAAUACCACAGACAGACCCAGAACCCGUCAACAGGUAGCAUCAAUACUGCUUCUCAGGAGUCUGCAUCGGGUCGGUCUGGUGGAAGAUGGCACUAUCCUGCAAACUUUGAAGACGCAUAUGCGGCAGAACCCUCGCCGAAAAAGUCGAAGAAAAAGGAUAGAUUUGCGCGAUCGGAAGACGCCAUGACCGAGUCGAGAAGAAAGAAGAAGAGUGGAUCAUCAAAAUCCCGCAAAAAUACCCAUGGAGAUGACGUAUCGGGCGGCGUUCAGCCUGUAGACUCCGAUCAGAAUGAGCGUGUUGUUGACCCCGAGAGCCUGAAUCACCAAUUCUGAGUAUUAGGAUGAUCGGCAUGUUGUAUUUUUCCUGGAUUGUAUGGGUUUUCACUGUUGUUGAGAUACGCAGGUGCCUUGGACGCGCUUGCUAAAGGACACUCAGGCUCGAUGCGAAGACGGUUGUAUGCUCCUCCCUUGUAUCUUGCUCUCAGGCCUCAGCUACAGGUCUGCAUGGAAUUUCUACUGGCUAAAUCUCCCCGCCGGCCACACGUGCAGAAGUUUGAGUUUCGAGAUGAUGUGAAUACUGCUAGAUGCCACAGUCAAGGGCACUUCGGGAUGUUAACAUGGGCAAAUCGGUGUUGGAGCCCCAGCGCAUCCGAUUUCCAAGUCGUCCUGGACUCGCCUGUAGUCUUUGUUGAUCAUGUAUGAUUCCAUCCGUGCAAUGUCGUCUUACAAAUGCUCGACCAAAGUCUAGAAUACCUGUCCCAAGAUGCUAGUUGCAAAUAUCGUAUGCUAACCAAUGCUAUGACUCCUUCGCAGGCGCAGGUU